AUGACCGGUUUGAAGCUCCGUGAAGAGAAUAGGGCUCUCAAGGAAGAGAACAAAGUUCUGCUUGCAGAGAAGCCCAAGCGCAAACGGAAGGUUAAUGCAGCACCUCCUGAAGAACUCAUCACCCAUGAGACAGUGAUUGUCAUCAACACUUGCAAGUAUGGAAUGAUGAUGGAGAUGUUUCCUUCCAAAGACCUUCUCAAUAAGCUUCUGCCUUUGUCUCCAACUCCUUUUGACAGUGUCGAUUGA